AGCCGUUUUAAAAGAGUAGUUUCAAAAGAGACGGAAACCUAUUUUGCCCACUCCAGAAAGAAGAAAGGAAGUACAGAAAUCUAUCUUGCUACACAAACCGUACAAAAUGGAUUUGAGAGUUCUAGUCUCAACGUUGCUACUCAUAGUGGCUUUUACUGACGCAAAACCGAAUAAGUCAGCUUUGAAAAGAACUAUAGCCACCUGCCAAAGCGCCUGUCCACAAAUAUGUGCACCAGCCUGCACACCCGUUUGUUGUGCCCGGCCUGCACCUCCAGCUCCACCUGGUCCCCCUGGCCUCGAUGGUCCUAUGGGUCUUCCUGGUGCUCCAGGACCAGAUGGUCCCAAAGGUCCACUUGGAAUGCCAGGACCACCAGGUCCGCCAGGUCCUGCAGGACCGCCCGGUGCACCAGCAGGGCCACCAGGAAACGAUGGUCCACCUGGGCCAAUGGGUUCUCCUGGUAAUCAAGGUCCCCCAGGUGAUCCAGGUCCACAAGGUCCAAUGGGCCUACCAGGUCCACAAGGUCCCCCAGGACUGGCUUCAUCAUGCGCCCCGGUAUGUGCGAGGACAUGCGUCAGGUCAUGCCCUGCGACAUGCUGCCACGGAAUGAAAUAAUCAUAUGGAUCAGAACGGUUAUAUAGUGUUGAAUUUAUCAAAGCAUUUGACACGGCAAUUACAUUCAUGUCAUGUGUAACUAUUUCGUUAUAAUUCGCUAUCUUGUAGUACUGUAAUAAUAAUAAAUAAAUAGUGUUCUAUAUUA